UUUAUCUACUUGACAUCAUACAACAAAAAUUAACACUCAGUCUGGUACUUAACGGAUAAUAUUUUUACAGUUGUUAUUUAGAUUAGCAGUCUUAGCUUAAACUAGUAAAAAGGAUGGUUUUUGUGACAGGUAUAUUUAUCUGGAUACUUUUUGGUGGAGUUCGCUCCGAGGUUGCUGACAGAACCAUGUGUCCAGAAAUGUGUGAAUGUGAAGGUCAUGUACUUAGGUGUAACAGAAUGGUUCUAAACGAAUCUAUACCCGACAACAUAUCCGAGGUUCACUUGAUAACAUUCAGCUCUAGCUCGAAGAUCAAAAUGUCCAGUUUAUUUCCAUACUGGUCAAACGUCAUUAAAUUAGAUAUAACACUUUCUGGUCUCAAAUUUUUUCUACAUUUCGAAGAAAAUUCCCUCAGUCACCUUAAACAGCUCCAAUAUCUGGGUAUACAUGGUAUCGGACCCGCUAAGUAUGUCAUUCAGGACAACGUCCUACAUCCUGGAUGUUUUUCUGGGCUCGACAAUGUGAAAACUCUAAACCUCUCCGGAAAUUCGCAUCUAAAUAUAUCAGAAGUCAUUAAGAUUUUUACAGAAGUAAAUACUUUGCCUUCCCUGGAGACGAUAGACCUGUCCGAGUUGCAGCUCUUGACAAACAAGCCUAUAUACAAGAAGGAAUUUAGCGCACUUGUUUCAGUACUUCGUUCAAAGUCGAUUAAAACAAUAAUAAUGGAUUACACACAUGUAGAAUUUCCUGUAGCGGACUUUGGAAAGUUAUGCCAAACACUGGAAAAGUUUCGUUUACGGAAAACUACUGUCACUGCGGUAUAUAAAUUCAAGCAUGUGACAUGUGAGAGCUUAAAGGUGCUAGAUUUGUCAGGAGCAGCUAUUGUACCAAUAGAUACUUUCAUCAGGAGCAGGAUUCUGACGUCUGACCGCUGGUUCGUGGAUAUUUUUAAUAAAUAUUUUUCUUUUAUAUGCAGCGUAGAAACGGUAUACUACGAUGGAAUUUUACCAUCGGAGCCGCUACCGCUAUCGUUCGACAAUGGCGUUGUUUAUAAUGCCACGGGGAUAAACUGGCGAGUGAAAUAUAUGUAUUUCAGACGGAAUUUUAUGGAAAACUUCAAUGUAUCGUUUAAGAAUAUGCCCCUUAUACCUGGUUCAGAAUUUGACGUCUCCUUUAAUAACAUUUAUUACAUUCACCCGAAAUCGCUGGACCCAGGACAUUAUAUCCGCAAAAUAAACCUUGCCCAUAAUAGACUGCAUGAAAUGGAAAGAAAGCAUCCCUUAGACUUUGAAAUUUUUCUUCAUACAUUUACAGACUUGGAGGAUAUAAAUUUGGCAUACAAUCAGAUAUCUAAACUACCACCGGAUAUGUUUAGCAAAAACACAAAGCUGAAGGAAAUCAAUGUUGUCGGAAACCAGCUGAAAACUUUAUCUAUUAAGACAAACUUAAUACCCAAUUUGCAAUAUUUAGGCGCCGUAGACAACAACCUUGAAAUCUUAGUUCUUAAGGAAAUUUCCCAAGUUCAUCAGAGACCCUUUGGUGAAGCCGACUUAACAAACGGGGCAAUUUUAAUCAUAAACAUUACCGGAAAUGAAUUAAAAUGUACGUGUGAGGAUACAAGAGUCAUUGAAUGGAUCCGAGAUUCGCCUAUUGUCCGCGGAGGAAAGUGUGUUUACGAGGAUGAAAAGCUUGACAUAAAACAAAAUGCCUUUGAGAAAAUUACAGACUAUUGUAAGAAGAAGAAAUUUCAACAGUCACUUAUAAUCGGAGUGUGCAUUUCCAUAACGCUUUUCUAUCUUACAGCCAUUUGCAUUGCUUUAGCAGUUCGGUACAAAAAGAAACAAACUAAAAUAGUAGAAUUAUUACGCCAGCUGAAGACAGACGACGAACAUUUUCUUGCGUUUGUAUCCUAUUGUUCAGAAGAUACGGAUUUCGUGAUGUCACAUUUCGUAAACCAACUGAAUGAGGAAAUUUGUAUCAGUACCAAAGUCCGCAGCGAUCAUAUCUGUAUCGGAGAUAGGUACUUCCGGCCAGGAUUUCCAGUAAUCACGGAGAUUAUGACGAAAAUGGAGAAGUCAGCAGUGAUAAUUUUUGUUAUCUCCCUAGAAUUUUGUAACAAACCAUGGUGCCACAUUGAGAUUAAGGAAGCGUAUGAAUUACAAAAACCCAUUAUCCUGAUUUUUAGAGAAGAAGUUGAUUUACAAGACAUGCCGAAACUAGUAGAAAAAUUAUUCCACCAGAACACACGAUGCAAAUUUGAACGUGAUAUUGACGGGGCUUGGAGACUGCAACCUUCUUUCCAUGUCCUUGCUUCAUCUGUCAUAGAACUGGCUGCUAUUAACAAUAAAACCGACACUCCGAAGAACCUUGUAGUCUAGCGGUCUGAAAGUCCCAUUAGGCUUUAAACUUUAUGUUAAAAAUAAAUAGAACAGCUGUCCAAAUAGUAUGUUAAAAUAAAUAAAACAGCUGUCCAAAUAGUUGAUAUACAUACUUACAUGGUUAUUAAAGCACUACCUUCAAUACUGCGCAUGACUUUAUACAGUAUUGGGGCUAUAAAUGGAGUUAAUUAUACAAUGUAUUCUAUUAAACUUCCUACGAUGUUGAUAUAUUUGGAAGCCUUUGACAAAUAUUAGAGAAAACAAGUAUUGAAAAUAGGAUUUAACAAGAAAUUAAUAUACUUUAUGUACAUGUAUAACAAAAACUGAGCCACAUUAUAAAAAGAUCAUAGAAUAAACUGUUUUACCAAAUCUGAA